AGAGCCUAAAACGAAGAAAUAUACCAUUUCUUAAGUAUAUCACUUCCAGAAAGAGAAGCAACUCAAGCAUACCUCUUUUAUAGACCUGAAUAUACCGAAAAAUGUUCCUCUCUAAUACAGCUUUUUGAUGGACAGGAGUUUCCAAGUGUCAUGCCCACCAACAACUAUAAGAUGGCCACCUCUCACAAUCAAGCUCAACCUGGCUCUUCUAACAGCUCAUACCCAGAUGAAUACAAAAUUGCAGCCCUUGUCUUCUACAGCUGUAUCUUCAUAAUUGGAGUAUUUGUUAAUGUCACUGCCUUAUGGGUUUUCAGUUGUUCCACCAAGAAGAGAACCACUGUAACCAUCUAUAUGAUGAAUGUGGCAUUGCUGGACCUAAUAUUUAUAAUGAGUUUACCUUUUCGAAUGUUUUAUUAUGCAAAAGGUGAAUGGCCAUUUGGUGAAUACUUCUGCCAGAUUCUCGGGGCACUCACGGUGUUUUAUCCGAGUAUUGCCCUGUGGCUUCUUGCUUUUAUUAGUGCUGACAGAUACAUGGCCAUUGUGCAGCCAAAAUACGCCAAAGAACUUAAAAAAACGUGCAAAGCCGUGCUAGCAUGUGUGGGAGUCUGGAUAAUGACCCUGAUCACCACCAUCCCACUCCUACUGCUCUAUGAAGACCCUGAUAAAGCCUCCACCCCUGCCACCUGCCUGAAGAUUUCUGACAUCAUCCACUUAAAAGCUAUUAACAUACUGAACUUCACUCGACUUAUAUUUUUUUUCUUGAUUCCUCUGUUCAUCAUGAUUGGGUGCUACUUGGUCAUUAUUCAUAGUCUGCUCCAUGGUAGGACAUCGAAGCUCAAACCAAAAGUCAAAGAGAAAUCUAUAAGGAUCAUCAUCACCCUCCUGGUGCAGGUGAUCGUCUGCUUCAUGCCUUUCCACAUCUGUUUUGCUUUCCUGAUGUUGGAAGGGGAUGAGAACAGUUACAAUCCCUGGGGAGCCUUUACCACCUUCUUGAUGAACCUCAGUACCUGUCUGGAUGUGAUUCUCUACUACAUUGUUUCAAAACAAUUUCAGGCUCGAGUCAUUAGUGUCAUGCUAUACCGCAAUUACCUUCGGAGCGUGCGCAGGAAAAGCUUCCGAUCAGCUAGUUUGCGGUCACUAAGCAACAUAAACAGUGACAUGUUAUGAGUAGUAAGUUUUUUGUCUUCAACCUCCUUAAAUUCACUUUACUAA